AUGACUUCCAGCACAGCAUCAUCAACCCAUGUUUCCGCCAUGAAAAUGAAAAAAACCUUUCUGGACCUUCCCGCCGAGAUCCGCAACAGCAUUUACAUUCUCGCUUUGACCUUACCACAUCACAUCAAGGUGCUCGUAUCACCCGGCAUUAAACCGUGGCGCUUUGGCCAAGGCGGCCAGCUACGGCGCACCUGCCGCCAAGUCCACGCCGAAGCUCGGGCUGUACUCUAUGGCGGCAACAGGUUCGAGUUCAGCUAUGGCAUUCACGUCAAGCCAUUUUUCGACUGGAUUGGCGACUCAUGUCGUCACAUGCGCCAGAUCAGGGUUGAUAAUUACUACCUGCCGGAGAUCGAGCUCGCCCUAGCCAUGCUCGCUGGAGGAAACGACCUGUAG